CUAGUGCACACGGUUCAGUUUUAUCGUUAUGUAUUAGAGAGAGAGAGAGAGAGAAAUUGCACUAACGAAUUGAAAACCAUUCGUAAAUUCUUUAUCGUUCUCGUUGGGUCUGUGUGGUGUAUUAGCAUUUAUCAAAUCUGAUUAAUUACAAACCCUAGAUUUUAUUUUUAAUUACGGGAGGGAGGGGAUCGAAUAUCUCCAAAUCUGUAUCUGUGCCGUAGUUUAGUUUUAUGGCGCUUCGAAGAUCAAAACUAAUAUUCUUACUAUGCGUUUUAUCGCACGCUCUCAUUGCCAUUGCAGGGAAGAGCUAUUAUGAUAUUCUUCAAGUUCCAAGAGGUGCUUCUGAUGAGCAGAUUAAACGAGCUUAUCGGAAGCUCGCAUUGAAGUAUCAUCCUGAUAAAAAUCAGGGAAAUGAAGAAGCUAACAAGAAAUUUGCUGAGAUGAGCAAUGCUUAUGAAGUGCUAUCGGAUAGUGAGAAGAGGAACAUAUACGAUAAGUAUGGUGAAGAAGGUCUGAAACAGCACGCCGCCAGUGGUGGCGGUGGAGGCGGAAUGAAUAUUCAAGACAUAUUUAGGAAGUGAGUUUCCUUUACGCUGUGUUUGAUUGAGAGAUUUGGGAAAGGAUUUGGAAAAGGAAAGAGAAAAGGUAGGUGAAAUAAGAAUAA